AUGGUGCCAUCAGCGGCGCAGUGUCGGGCUUUGCAGCUCUCUGACAGCGAGAGAUGCACGAACGAGGCAACCCACGCCAACGGUCUCUUCUGCAGAUUCCACGCAAACCAGGCCCAUGGUCUAUACAAGGGCUACAAACGACGCAAUGGGAGGCUGGAUGCUAUGGAUGGUGAGGCUCCUCGCUCUUUGAAGAACUCGCGGGUCCCUCUUGCAAAAGAAACCUUCGAGGGCAUCAAGGACGAGAAGACGCUCCGAGAGAUUCACGUCUACUUGUUUGACAAGUACGUUCUGCUUGGAAAGGUCAUCGAUGCGCGCAGGCUGCAUCAAAAGCAUUUCUACUCGCUUGAUAUGGACUAUGGCCACCAAGCAUACCUCGACAUGCUGGGCAACCAGCACCAAAUUGUCCUUCAGGCCCUGGGCAGGGUAGAGAAGCGCACUGCUCAGGUACUGUACCAGAAGGAGCAGUGGUUCUCGUGGGUUCGCAAGAUCCAAGAAGAGGAGGAAGCUAUUGGCGAGAAGGAACAAAAGAAGGUCAAGCUGGAAGCUGCCUUGUUCAAGCGUCACUGGAAGCAGCUGCAAGCGAGACUGCAGCUGAAGCGCCAGAAAGACGAGAAGAAGCGCCAAGAUGCGUACCUCGAAGACGCCUUUCGGGAACGCAUGGCCAUGUCGGCAGAUGGAUUGAAGGACGAUGAGACCUGGGAUCCCAUUGAAGACAUGGCCCAGGACGACCGCAACCGCUAUGUCGAUUUGAUUAAGCAUUUCCUCUGGAUGGGGGCCUUGGAGGUCGAGGAAGAUGCUCCUCCAACUGACCCAGAGGGAAAGCCAGAGGGAAAGCCAGAGGGGAAGUCUCCAAAGAAAGCCAAGAAGAAGAAGAAGAAGAAGAAGAAGUCCAAGGCAAAAGGCGGAGCUGCCAAUGAGACAGGCGAAGCAGCCAACGAGACAAGCGGAGCUGCCAACGAAACAAACGGAGCUGCCAACGAAUCGAACGGAGCUGCCAACGAAUCGAACGGAGCUGCCAACGAGACAAGCGGAACUGACAACAAGACAAACGGAACUGACAACAAGACAAGCAGUGGUAGUAGCACUUCGAUGGAUGCAACAACCAACAGCAACCCCAGCCGUCAACAUUGGCUUCUAUCAAUAGAGCAAAACAAGCAAGAUGGUGCGGCCGCCGACUUACAAGAGCCCGACAAGAGCAACAUUGAGACGAAAGAAGAGAUGCGGAAGCGCCUGAAAGAGAGCGUCGGAAAGGACCCUACAAAGUCAUGGGGCUGGCAAUUUUGCUGCUCGCUGAAAAAUUCCCACCAAACUGAUGCCAAGACGGUCCCCAUGGACGAUGACGAGAUCGAAUCCGUUGUCAAGGAGAUAACCGAGAUCAAGGUGCUCUUGUUCUGUCGUUUACUGCUUGCCCAAGCAUCCAUGCUACCGGCUGCCCUACGAGCGACCAAUGUGCGGGAAUUCCUCCAAGACUCCGGGAUCACCGAGUCAGACCUACGAGAUCUCUGUCUCAAGGUGGAGAAGCCAAGUCUCCAGGAAAUCCGGGAUGCCUGUGCCGACUUUGCUCGAGGCGACGACGUAGAUGACGACGACGACGAGGAAGAGACGGAUGAAGAAUACGAAGACGAGUCCUUUGAAGAUCUGAUCUUGGACGAUUCACGAUAUUACCAUCUUCAAUCUCAAGACUGGCUCUUUGACAAUGUCUUUAAGAAGUUGAGAGGCGAGCCACCCAAGAAGAAGAAGAAGAGAAAGAUAAAGGUCACUAUAUGUGGAAAGAGCAUUUGGAACCACUCUAGCGAGAAAUCAAUGUCACGAGAUGGAUGGUUUCAAUUCUCCGUCAUGGCCAAGGACUGCGACUUUGGGCAUGCGAUUCAGCUGUGCCGCAACUGGAACGAGUUCUAUGAACUGAACCUCCUGGCCAAAUGGAAGUAUUUCCAUGCUUCGAUCUGGAAGCCCUGGGGUGGCGACAGACUCGUAGAACAGCUGCAAGAGAUGAAGCUGUUUCCAUAUUUCGUGGACCUUGAGGCGGACUUAACCAGGUCAUACAUGUCGAUGAACCCGGGUCUCUAUGGCUAUAUCGAGUCGAAGAAUGUCAUAGCCGCUCAUAUGAAGCGAAACGACCCGGUUACUCGACGAUUUCUGCAAUAUCUCAAGAUGCGAACCGGCGAGGUGUCGAUCCUGGUUCGAGAUGGAAAGACUGGCCGUGUUAUUACGGCACCUCCAGACGAGUACCUGUGGACAUAUCGAAGGAUGAAACUCAUUGGGAAACCUGGCCUUUAUGAAUGGAACGAUGUACUGAAGGUGGGCCCUCAGUUCUUCAGACUGACCGAUUACCUGCGCCAAUGGCAGUUCGGCUUCACCGACUACUACGAUGUCGUCAUCUGGGACUUGACUCCUAACAAGUGCCGCAAGGGCCUGUUCAACCUCGUUAUGUCGGAACUACGCAGGGCCUGGCGCAUCACCCAACCUCGCGAUUUAUACGUAAACAUGAAACCGGUCCUACAGACCCUCACUCUCGAUAUCAACAGAAUGCGAACGAGGCAGAUCAAGCCAGGCGAAGUCGUCGUGAAUCUCGGGGAAUAUUUGAUAAACGAAAGCAUCCCGCUCCGGGAGUCUGUGGCGCAAUACAAUGCCGCCAUAGGCCUCGGCGAUGUGGGAUACGCGUGCUACAGCGCGGCCAACGCAGCCGAGGACCAGGUUUUGUUUCCUGACGAGUUGACGCGCAAGAAUGGGGACGUGGCUUUCCGCGAGAUCAAAAGUAUCAUCAGCCGCUUCGAGACGAUCCCUAUGCUCAGCGGCACGAAGGCUAUGGCCCAGAGCGUCGAGAAGCUCACCGGGAACAAUGGUCCCCUGAAGGCCCAUGCCUCUAUCAAUGCCAGUGGUGAGGCUGGGCCGUGGGCUCUGCCUAGGAUUUUCAAAACGGCGCUCAAGCAGCUACUCAAAAAGGACAUGUCGGCAGAACAGCGUUUGUUGCUCAGGGGCACAAACCUGGGUAAGAUGCCGAAAAAGCCAAACUUGACUGACCUGCUAGUGUCGGAGCGCGACAAGGCUAUCGGCUACAAGGAAUCCUUCCACGAUGGAGAUCUCGAGCCAGGGGCUACUGCCAACUUUCGCGAGGUUCAGGCAAAGAUAACCCUCAUGCUCGACUAUGCCUACUCUGGUCCAACUGACUGGAUCUGGUUCCUCGUCGGCAUUCUGAAAUGGCUUGGACUUCAGGUAAAAUACGAUACGGACGUCGAAGACCCGGAUUCACCGUGGUCUCAUAACUACAUCGUCCAAGACUUGGUCCAGGCCUUUGCACAUAUGGCCAUGUUCUUUCCAGAGCUGAAGGCUACCGCUCCCAUGACCAAGUUCCUUCAGUCGAGCCAGUGCGAGGGUUUCAGAAACUCGCUGCUCUUCAACCCCCAGGAACGCUGCAAGACACGGCCUGAUCGACGAGGCCGGACGAGCUACAAGUUCCGCGAUAAAGCGUUCUGGAAUGAAUGGAACAAGUUGAAGGGCCCUGAAUUUUCUGCAGAUGUUUACCCCAUGGACUGGAGUGUUGCCAUGUGCCCUAUCAUCGCUCAUCUGUAUGUGAAUGGCCUCAUUGCACCAUGUUAUAUACAGAGUGAUGUGAAAUACUUGUCUGGAAUCGUCACCGCCAACACAGAGCCUCAUCGUCCCGGAAAACUGGAUCUCUUCAUCAGCUACGAGGACACACACGGCAUCACCCCCGCGGACUUGGUGUCCGACUUAGUGCCCCCGGAUCAAUGGCCUGAGCUACUGCCUUGCGUCCAGUCCUUCGCAGCCAAGCAUCCGAAAGCUCGCUUCAGCCUCCUCCGGCUGUGGUCGGCGCCGCACUACUACCCGUACAUGCUAAGACUGGAUCGCCGCAAGGCCUUCAGUUUCCUCGACAGCGCCUCCCGCUCUUGGGAGUGGAAGUGUGUGCCCAAGGAUUUGCCGGGCAGCGAGUGUAGUGUGCACAAUGUCACCUCCUCCAGGCUGAAGAUACUGCAGGCGCAGUUCAAGGAGAACGUGGUUAAUCGCGCGGACUUGAUUCUCAUCAUGGGGGCGGACGAACAGGAGCUGUUCAAGUACUGUACGGCCGUGACGUUUGCCAUGCAGACGAAGCCGUGGAUGAGAGAGGUCGAUCCUUGGAAGAGCUUCGUCAAUGUCGACUUGGACUUUUUGAUGGACCUGGAUUCGUACUGGUUGGAUUAG